AGAAGAAGAGCAGAAAGACGAGUGAACAAACUCACAACACACAAUCUGGGAGCUUUUAUACUAUUCACUGCAGCAGUAAAGUCCAUGAGAAACAUUCCAGACAUGAGUCAUAAAUGGGGUUUUGUAAUCCUGUUCUUCUCAGUAGUAUCUUGCAUAGAAGCAUAUAUUCCUCAUCGCUAUAACUUUGUGAAUGAAAAUAAAACCUGGAGUGAAGCUCAGACUUACUGCAGAGUGAAAUACACUGAUCUGGCAACCAUCAACAACAUGAGAGAGAUAAAGAAGCUGAAUCACACACUGAUGAAGGAAAAUGCAAAGAAAGCUUGGAUUGGUCUACAGAGAGAGGGACCUGGGAAAUGGCAGUGGUCUCUGGCAGAACAAACUUUCUACAGAGACGGAGACACUUACAGAAACUGGCAUAGUGGAGAACCUAAUGGUGGUGUGGCCUAUCAGUUCUGUGCUGAGAUGUAUACAAAUGACGGAAAGUGGAAUGAUCACAACUGUGUAGCAUUAAAUCCUUUUAUAUGUUAUGAAGAAAAGAACGAAAGCACUAAAUAUGUAGUGAUUAAUGAGACAAAGAGCUGGUAUGAUGCUCAGAUCUACUGCAGAGAGAAAUACACUGACCUGGUCAGUGUGAGGAACCAAACUGAGAAUGAUGAGAUCUGGAGAAUGAUUAAUAGUUCAGUGCAUCAGAAAGUUUGGAUCGGUCUGUUUUAUGACUCCUGGAAGUGGUCAGAUCAGAGUAACUCCUCAUUCAGAUACUGGAGCUCUGACCAAAACAGUGGAGGUUUGAACUGUGCUGCAGUGUCUGAGUCUGAGAAACGUUACUGGAGUGAUGUGAACUGCACAGAAAAACUCCUGUUCAUCUGCCAUGAGAAAUAUCUGAUUCUGAUUAAUGAGACUCUAACCUGGUGGGAAGCUCUGAGAUACUGCAGGAACCAUCAUCAUGACCUGGUCUCAGUGCGCACUGAGGAGAUGCAGCUCUGGGUGAAGGAAGUGGCUCAAGAUGCCUCCACUGAACAUGUGUGGCUCGGCCUGCGUCACGACUGUGUCCAGCGUGUCUGGUUCUGGGUUUUUGGAUCAAUGGUCUGCUAUGAGGACUGGGCCCCGGGGAAUGGGACCUGGAAUGAAGACUGCAGCCAUGAGAAGAGAAGUGGAGCAGUGCAGUCUGAAGGAGAGAGGAAGUGGAUCGAGCUGCAUGAGAGCCACAAGCUCAACUUCAUCUGCUCUACCUAUGAUGAUUUGUUUUAUUAAACAUGAAGACUGAAGACAAGCUGUGGUCCAACAUCUGUAUCCAGCAUCAUCUGAUCUACAGUACUGUCUCAUUUAUACUCUUCUACACAUCAUCAUCAUUAUUAUUAUUAUUAUUAUUAUUAUUAUUAUUAUUAUUAUUAUUAUUAUUGUAUCCUCUUAAUGCAGAUGUUUCAUCAUAUUUUUAAUGUUGUAUUCAGUAAACUCCACUGUCUCCAUACAGCAUGAUCUGUAUUAUGUUACUCAUAUUAUACUUACUUUUCUUGUUAAAAAAGGGUUCAUGGGUAAAUAAGGUGGAAUCUCUUUACCUGAUGUUUAUACUACAGUGUGUUUGGUUUGCACGUUUAAGUGUUUUGAAAGAUUCUUUCUCAGAAUAGGGAACUAUACCAUACUCAGUUCAUUUACACACAUGCAGGAAGUUUAGAACACCAAGGCCUGCAAACAGUGAGGAUAAAAAAAAUAUUCUUUUUUAUUGACAUUUAUUAUGUAAUUUUGUGCAGUUUUCAAAUGUUUGCUCUUUUACAUGUAGACAACUGAGUGUGUUAUCAGGAUAUCUGCAUAAUUAUACAGUAUGUUGAUGAUAUCUAUACCUGGAAUUUCUGGGCACUUGCUUCUUUAAUGUGUAAGAAUAUGGACUGUAAUGACU